AGCGUUCGUCCCAGAGACGGAACUGCCGCUACCGUCGCCGCCUCUGCCUCUGCUUGGCCGGGUCCUUCCGCCGCCACCAUGCCCCGGGGGAGCCGCAGUGCAGGUGCCCGGCCAGCCAGCCGCACCGCCGCUCCCUCUGCCCACCCGCCCGCGCACCUGCCGCCCUCGGCCACUGCCACGGCCCCCGCCCCGUCGGGCCAGCCGGGCCUGAUGGCGCAGAUGGCGUCCACGGCCGCGGGGGUAGCCGUGGGCUCGGCUGUGGGACACGUCGUCGGCGGCGCCCUGACCGGAGCCUUCAGCGGGGGCAGCUCAGAGCCCGCACAGCCUCCCGCUCAGCAGGCCCCCGCUCGCGCUGCCCCGCAGCCCCUGCAGAUGGGGCCCUGUGCCUACGAGAUCAGGCAGUUCCUGGACUGCUCCACCACUCAGAGUGACCUGUCCCUGUGCGAGGGCUUCAGCGAGGCCCUGAAGCAGUGCAAGUACAACCACGGUCUGAGCUCCCUGCCCUGAAGAGACCAGUGCAGACUGGUGCAGACUGGUGCAGAUUCGUCGGCAGCCCUGUACCACCUCCACCCUUCACUGACAGCCGGACCACUGCGUCAUCAGAUUGUACCCACGUAGCUGGGAUUGGGAGUGAGGAGGGCGUUUCUCACCCCACAGGUGACCCGAGACACAAAUGUGCAAUUAAAAGAGUUUAUUUUAGACCAGA